AUGUGCACUAUAGCACGUUGCCCCAUAUGCUUCCAAUGCAAGGACAUCUCCAAAUUCCUCUUCCAUCGCUGCGGGCGACCAGAAUGCGCUAUCUGCCGCGAGCGCAAGCAAUACCCGCCACACCCCAUAUUCGUCAAAUUUGAAGACCCGGACGCCUCGUUCUCUGUCGAUAUAUCACAGCUGGCGGAAGCGAUGGACACACGUGCCGAUAUUGACACAGCUUACUCGCUCGAGCACCUUGGACAGCGUCUGCAAGCUGCGACGAGUGGCAGCAACGCCAGUGAAGCGGCCAUCGCCGCCCUUCGAGAAGCGUCCGAGCGCUUGGUGGCGCGAUUGCCUAUCAUUCAGGAUUUGGGGUCCGCGCAAGAGAAAGCCAGAAGCCUUGAAGAGCGCAACCGCCAACUCGAAGCAAGUCUAUCAGCUUCAGAAGCCGCUCACGCGCGCACCCGACAUGAGACCGAAAAGCUCUCGCGCCGCAUUGCAGAACUGCAGGAAAAAUCUCGCCUUAGCGAGCAAAGGGCGACGUGGUACCAGUGCGCUUCCGAGGACACCAAGACCGAGCUCGAGCAGACGCGAGAAAAGAACGCGCGGCUGCACCGUCGCGUAGAAAAGUUGGAAGAGGAGGUGAGAAAUCAGGAGAGGGCAAUAAGGGCGAAGGACAAGGAGCUCGCAGCGGUGGGCUCAGAGCUCAGUGUCACGAAGAAGAAGAUGCGCGGAAUGGCGAGACAGAACAAGAGGCAAGGCAACUCGAAGACGGCGGAGGACGAGUCGUUAGUCGUCUUGUGA